UGAUAAGAUAAUAGAAGCAAAUGAUGAACAUAAGGUAAAUUGAGAUGUGUUGUUGUGUGGAGCGUGUUAUAAAACAAGAAAAAGGAUAAGUGCAUCGAAUAGAUAGAGCAAAGCAAGCAAUUAAACCACACAUGGCGCUAUGUUCCUCACUCUCACUUCUCCCUCCCAUCACUUCUUCUCAAACCAAUAAACUCAUUUCCAAAACCUUCUUAUCUUCACCACCACCCAAUUGGCAUGGCAUCUUGACCAAGACUAACACCUCAACAGGGUUCUUUUUGAACGCUGGUUUUAACGAGAUCGAACCUGACCUCAAUGAAGAUGCUAGAGACCAAGAUGCCACCAAUGGCGUUGAUCCUGAUGAUUUUGUGUAUGGAAUAUAUGAUGACCAUCACACUUACAAUGAAGGAGAACAGAAGAAAGGAACAUUUUGGGGCUCAGUUGCGGAAGAGAUAGCAGCAGCAGAACCCCCCACAGGAUUCCAGGGGAUUAUGUCCUGGCUCUUCCCACCAGCCAUUGCUCUUGGGGUGUACUUCAAUGUUCCGGGGGAGUACUUGUACAUUGGAGCAGGCAUAUUUACAAUCAUAUUCUGCAUUAUUGAGAUGGAUAAACCUGAUAAACCCCACCACUUUGAACCUCACAUAUACAAUAUGGAAAGAGGAGCUCGAGACAAGUUGAUAAAUGACUAUAACACCAUGAGCAUAUGGGAAUUCAAUGAAAAAUAUGGAGACUUGUGGGAUACUACUAUCCAGAAGGAUGAUAUAAUGAAAAGAUAAUUGUAUAAAGUUCAUGAUAUUUAACGACAAUUCCUACAUAUAGUGAUUUGAAUUUGUUCUUUUGUUUUCACUUUUUACUUCUCCCAUUUUUCUGUUUAUGAAGAGGUAUAUUCCCUA